AUGGCGACUCACGAGAACAAGGAGGUGAAGGACCACAUGCAGGCCGCGGGCGCACAGCACGGCCACGGCACCAUCGACCCGGGCGUUCUCUGGAAGAUCCAGUUCGACAAGGACAAGUGGGAGCAGCGCGGGCGGGAGAUGGCCGAGCGCGAGCAGCGGGUGGAGUCCGAGGGCUUCCACCACCAGCACCACCACGUGCCCCUCCCUGUGCCACACCCCACCUUCCUCGUCUUUCCCUCGGUAGAGGCUGAGAAGGGGGACAUCGACAUCAAGGCUCAGGAGUGGAGCGAGGAGCUGAAGAAGCACGGCUACGCCGACGCUUAUCUUCGUGUCUCCGUCCCCAGCCGGCUGUACGUCAAGUUUGAGCUGCUGGAGACAAAGCCCGAGGAGAAGGAGCAGAAGCUGACACUGCAGGAGGUGGCCCAGCGCUUCGAGAGCAUUCUCCAGGCGCGCCAGGACGUGCGCGAGGUCCACACCCUGCCGCUUCCCUCCCAGACGCCGGACGUCAAUCUGCCGGGCGGGCUCAUGAGCGAGAAGCAGGUCCCGCACUACUGA